GAUCUGGAAUCACUGUUGAGGCAACUUCAAUACUUACUAAACAGAUGGGAGAUGCUGGCAAUAAGAGCAAGUUCUUGCACGACAGUUCGCCCCAUAAGGACUUUGCCAGGUUUGUCAGGUCCUAUAAAUCAAAGAGCGGGUCGUCCGGCCUACGAAAUUUCUACACAUCAGUUGGAGUUUCUAAGAAACAGAAUGAGAUUUAAUUGGUCCCAGAUAUCAAGAAUGUUAUUAGUUUCUAGAACUACUCUUUGGCGAAGAAUUAGAAACCUGGAGUCAUUUUCCAGUCGACAUCAUUAUACAGCCAUCACGGAUUCAGAUUUAGAUGAAUUAAUUCGAGGUUUAAGACAAGGAUUUCCAAAUUCUGGUAUCAGUAUGAUGCUGGGACAUUUGCGAAGUAGAAAUAUUUUUGUGCAGCGUCAGCGUGUUAGGGAAAGUUUGGUUCGAACUGACCCUGCAGGGAGUGCAAUGAGGUGGUUUAACACUAUCACAAGGCGUGUUUACAGUGUCCGAGGACCUAAUUCUCUCUGGCACAUUGAUGGACUGCAUUGUCUCAUCCGUUGGAGGUUCGUCAUACAUGGAGGUAUCGAUGGGUUUUCCAGACUUAUAGUGUAUUUAAGUUGUGCUACAAAUAACUAUGCCUCGACUGUGCUUGCCCUCUUCUUAGCAGCUGUGCAGAGAUAUGGAUGACCCUCUAGAGUACGUUCAGACAAAGGGGGUGAAAAUCUAGACGUAGCAAGAGCUAUGCUAAGGCACAGAGGGUUGAACAGGGGAAGCAUGAUUGCUGGACUCUCUGUACACAAUCAAAGGAUUGAGCGACUGUGGAGAGAUGUCUUUAUAGGAGUUGGUCACUUCUUCUACACUCUGUUUUACCAAAUGGAAGAAAAUGGUAUCCUGGAAUCAACAAGUGUCAUAGAUCUGUUCUGUUUACAUUACAUAUUUCUUCCAAGAAUAAACCACCAGUUAAAUCUCCUAGUUGAAGCAUGGAAUAAUCAUCCUGUAUGCACAGAAGGUCAUUGGACUCCUUGCCAAAUCUGGGUAAAUGGUGUUAUUUCACAAGAUAAUUCUGGGAAUACUGCAGUCAGGGACAUAUUUCAUGACAACAGCCAGCCAGAUGAGUUAUAUGGUGAAGAUCCAACAGGACCUGCACCAAAUGAGUUUGACCUGGGUAGUGUUGAUGUACCAGAUACAAACAUUCCAUUAACUGACACAGAACUUGGAGCUAUUUCUCAUAUUCAACCUCUGUCAGUGAGUGAUAACUAUGGGGUGGAUCUCUACUUGGAAACUCGGCAACUUAUU